AGAGCGUGCGUGUGCAAGCGCUUCUAUACUGCAUCGCUCACCACAUACAUUCACCUUUACCUAAACUCAGUUAACGCUCACAAACGAGACUUUUUGCGGAAAAAUGGUGGACCGUGAGCAGCUGGUUCAGAAAGCCAGACUGGCAGAGCAGGCUGAGAGAUACGACGAUAUGGCAGGUGCCAUGAAAUCGGUGACGGAGCUGAACGAAGCCCUGUCCAAUGAAGAACGCAACCUGCUUUCUGUAGCCUACAAGAACGUGGUGGGUGCGCGGCGCUCAUCGUGGCGCGUCGUCUCCAGCAUCGAGCAGAAGACUUCGGCCGACGGCAACGAGAAAAAGAUCGAAAUGGUGCGCGCCUACCGUGAGAAGAUCGAAAAGGAGCUGGAAGCCGUGUGCCAGGACGUGCUCAAUCUCCUGGACAACUUCCUGAUCAAGAACUGCAGCGAGGCCCAGCACGAGAGCAAGGUCUUCUACCUGAAGAUGAAGGGGGACUACUAUCGCUACCUGGCCGAGGUGGCCACCGGAGAGAAGCGCGCGGCCGUGGUCGAGUCGUCCGAGAAGGCGUACAGCGAGGCUCACGAGAUCAGCAAGGAGCACAUGCAGCCCACGCACCCCAUCCGUCUGGGCCUGGCGCUCAACUACUCCGUCUUCUACUACGAGAUCCAGAACGCACCCGAGCAGGCGUGCCAUCUGGCCAAGACGGCUUUCGACGACGCCAUCGCUGAGCUGGACACGCUCAACGAGGACUCCUACAAAGACUCCACCCUCAUCAUGCAGCUGCUCCGAGACAACCUGACGCUCUGGACGAGCGACCAGCAGGACGACGAGGGCGGCGAGGGCAACAACUAAAAAGAGAGCGAGAUAGGAAGAUGAUGAGGAGAAGAUCCUCAAGAAUUACAUGUUUCCUAGCCGUAACACACAAGAAAACAUGCGUGCUCACAAAAAUAAAGAAAAACAAAAAAGAUUAAAGCAAAGUGAAAACGAUUUAUGAAACGGGGGGCAGAUGGAACGUUGACAGCCACGUUCGCUGAUGGUAGGACCACAGCCGCAGUUCUCAUCUUUUUUUCCAAAAAGGUAUUAGAUUAAAAUACAUUCGACAAAAUAAAAAAUAACAAAACCAUCUUAAUAAUAACAUUCGCAGCUUAUUUUUAGUUGCCUAUGCAACAUUUAGCAAAACAGCACCUGGCUCGUCAGUAAGUACCAGAAGACUAGGGUUAAAAUACAUCGCAAAAUGUACACUGGCAUAGGGACUGUUCCUGUAGUAGGACAAAGUCAAGCUGCUUAUUUAUAAGUGGAGGAAGUAUUUCAAGCUGUCAGGGGUAGAUGUUAAAAAUAAUGAGGAUAAAAAAUAUAUAAACUUGAAUGUCAUUGCCUUGCAGGUUUUCAAACAGGCUUUAGUGAGUAUAUUAAAGGAUUAAGGGAUGUUUUUUUUGGUCUGUGUUAAACAUAUUUGUGGAUCCUAAUGUGCCCUCAACAGUCAGUCAGCCAUUCGUCUAAAGCAUAGUUGUACGUGGAACUUCAAAAAUGCUCCCAAUAAUCUACACAUCACUGUGGUCAAGGGCUCAAAGACUAUGCUAAAAAAAACAGUAGUUUAAGUUUCCGCCCAUUAGUUACAAUUUUAUUUCAACUAAGAGCUAAAACUAUUUAUUGUCCUUAAGGUGAAUCAUCAUUAUUAUUAUUAAUACAAAUUGGAAAUAUAAAGUGACCCACAAUAUACAAUAUAAUAAAGAUUUAAUAGCAUGAAGAACAACAGAAAUACAUUAUGGGCUGGGUGAUAUGACAGUAUAUACUGCUAUUACAAUAUCAAAGUGUCUACCAAUAGAUAUUCGGUUCCACCAUUUAGACAGACAUCUAAAUGGAUAGACUGGUGCUAUAAACUAAAACACGCACCAGUGAACUCACAAGUUCAAAUCCCAGCUCUGCUACCACAGACUCGAUUGGCUGACGUCUGCCAAAUUGGUGGGCUGAGAUAUUUCUAUCAAUGCUGCAAUUGCGGCCUCUGCUGGCUGGUCAAUGGCGCCUGCACACAGGGUAGACGGGGGAUAACAGAGAUCAGUGCGUGACUCUGUACGCGAUACUGAUCCCUGUGUGAACCCAACUCGUGCACGUGUCGGAGGGGGCGUGUGUUUGGGUCAGCCCUCUUCGGCCAGAGUAGGGGUCUGCAGCAGUGGAGCGGAGAAAUAACCAGGUAAUUGGAAACGAUUAGAUUGGGCGGGGGAUGCAGAGGAACUGAAUUUUUACAGGACUCUAAAGGUAUAUUUGCCAUGAAAAAAUGCCACUUUUAUUCCAAAAGUACUACGUGAUAUUUAGCAUUACUGUGAUAUUAAGAAUAUAUACAAUGAUAGAUGAUGUUGACUAUAUUACCCACUUCUUAUAGACAUACCAAUAUUUUCAAAAGUCUAAUGGAGAAGUUUAGACGCCCCUGGUUUUUCCUUUAAGUUCAGACAGGAUAAGUAAACACAUCUUCUACAGGGAAAAUGCUAUGAUAUUGCACUGCUAUUUUUAUAGCACAAUUUCAAUUGAUUAACUAAAUGUAACACGUUGGAAAAAAUAAAAUCAAAAAUAUUAAAUGCGAACUUUUGGGGUAAUCGAGUGGCGCAGUAGUCUAACAUUCUAACACACCACUGUGGAGCCACCACAGAACCACCGACCUGGCCGGGCGUCCACACAAACACAGCCACCUGUGGGUCUUUUCCCGCUGCCGCUGCGAUAUCCGAACUCCGGGAAUGAUCGGGAUUCCUGUCUAAGUGGAGGGUGUGGAUUGGGGGUCACACUGAACGCAGCGUGGCUCUCCAUACGUGAUACCUUACGCUGGCAGGUGAAAAGAAGCGGCUGCAGAUCAGACACGUAUCAGAGGGGGCGUGUGGUGAUCCGGCUGUCCUUGAUCAGAUCAGGGUUGUGCAAGCCGCAGCAGAUUCACAAUCGACAAAUGGAGUAUAAUAAACUAAGCGAAUAAACAAGAACCGUGCUUUGAAACGUGCAGUUUAUUUCCUGUAGAAAUUGUGUUCAUUAUAAUUUAACUGUAUUGUGUGAAUCUGUCAAAACGAAUCCCGUUGCUUUGUUAUUAGGAUCCACGUCACAACACACUGAACGGAACUGGAACUAUCGGCUGUCUUUCUUUUUAUUUUCAUGGACUUUAAAAGUAAGAUGGAGACUGUGCUGUGCUGGCAAUGUCAAAACGGUAGAAGAUCUUAAAGCAGCUUUGAGGUUUGUGAUAUUUUGGGAGGAUUUUUUGUUUACUUUUUUUUUAUUUUUCAACAACAACAAAAAAUGAAACACUGCACUUGCCUAUUAUACUGUUUCUCAGUGUAAAACGAUUACUGCUCCAAUAUUCUCGUUACUACAAUAUUGUGCAUGCUGGUGAUGUAUUUAUAUACUGUAGCUUGACAUUAACUUUGAAAGAAAAAUGUAGAUGUUAUGUAUUCAUAGGAAUAAGAAAUGACUAGAAUUCAAUCUGAUUAUUAUUAUUUUCUAUUUAUUACUUUUUACUGAACUGUUUAAAUUAAUUAUGUAUUUUUUCUUAUUUUCUUUGCUGAAGUAUGCUACACAAGGCCGUAAUUAUUAACCAUAAACUGAUGCUAUAGUGACCUGCAAUUCUUGUAUUUGGGUUCUAAUAAACAAAGAAGUGGGGGGGAAAGAAAUCACCCUUGUUAGUUUAACACUUUGUCUGGUGUUUUGUUAUGGUGAAAGCAAAAAUCACAUUGUAUGAUUAUUGAAAUCCUUCUUUGUGAUUAUUUUCUGUCACAUUUUACAGUAUUCAACAGUCGGAAAUUGCAUUGUUAGCAUCUCUACUGAUAUCUCGAUGUGACUCAUGUAGCGGAUGCACAAGAGAAAAAUAACAAUAAUAAUAAUGAUGAUAAUAAUAAAUACAUUAAAACACCCCAAUGUCAUUCUAA